AUGCAGCGUCGGCUGCAUCUGCUCAGCGAGGAAUGGCAAGUCCUGUCUUCCUGCGGGUGGGCUAUCUUGACCGUCGGGGACGGAUUGCUAGGCGACAGUGGAGGAAGGCGGUGGCACAGGAAGUACGCAUGUUUGCAUGUUGCACUACGCGUGCGUUCGGCAAGGGUCGUGGGAAUGGUGUUGCAGCUUCUGUCAAGUGUUUCUGGUCUUCGGGGUGUGUGGGAAGCUGCAAUAAUAGUUGAUGCAUCUACGGGAUCCUGCAUCUGCAAAGAGGUGGCCUUGCGGGCCGCGCUGUCUGUGCAUACGUUGGAUGGGUACGCAGUGGUGGCGGGCGUGGCUGACAUUCCGUCGAGUGUUGUGGGGCUUUGGGGUGUGUACAAUGUCGCACCAGCCCUCUUCACAUGUGUGAACGUUUGCGUCCGUGAGGCGGUGGCUCGGCAGAGGAGUAAUGUUCUGCAUGAGUUCUACGGACGAGGACAGCUGGGCGACCGUUGGCUGAGUAGUGCGUGGUUGCGUUUCACACGGGAUGUGGGCAUUGCGAGCACCUGUAGAGGCGUGAAGGACGCUGACAGUCGGUUUCUGACGGAUUGGGAUUUUUUUGAAGUGAGCCCUGGAGGCAUCCGUUCGGACGGCCAAAAAAAGAAAGAUCUAUUUUCGCCGACAAGCACGCUCGACGCCGUUGUCGCUGUGUGUUUCUUGCCCUUCACGACACCUCGCGGGGAACGGGCUGCACACGCCGUAGAUUCUUCAGUAGAGCGGGUGUUAUCGGAGUUGGGUGGGUACGCAGUGGUGGCGGGACUGGCUGACGUGGGGUCGGGAGGGUGGAGAAGAGGAAGUGAGCCCUGGAGGGAUCCGUUCGGACGGUCGACCGUUUUAGCGGCGGCGACACUGUGGGGAUGGCGGAGGGGCGGCUUGACGGGCGGCAAUAGGCGGGGGGAUUUUAGGGCGUUCCAAGUUGCUGAGGAUGUUUCUAGGCGCAUGGGGGUGCUGGGACUAGCGAAUCGUUGGAGGCGGCGGCAGCGUGGUACAUCCUUUUGGAUGGGUACGCAGUGGUGGCGGGACUGGCUGACGUGGGGUCUGGGAGGUGGAGAAGAGAUUCCGUCGAGUUUUGUGGGGCCUUGGGGUGUGUGGAGGGUCGGACCAGCCCUCUCCGCAUGUGUGAACGUUUGCGUCCGUGAGGCGGUGGCUCUGCAGAGGAGUAAUGUUCUGCAUGAGUUUUACAGACUGUGA